AUGCUCACCUCGUCCUUCUUACUCGGCUUGUUACUGCCUGCUCUUUCUGCUACUGGGGCCCCGUCUACGAGUCUGCAGGUGCAUGAGUCGCGGGUGGAUCCUCCCUCAGGAUACACACUCACAGGGCCCGCCACGCCCGACACUGUCCUUACUCUUCGACUCGCACUUGCACAGGGCAACUCCUCAGGUCUCGUCGAUGCACUGUACGACGUCAGCACACCCUCCAGCCCGAAUUACGGCGCGUAUCUCAGCAAAGAACAGGUCCAAGCACACUUGGCUCCGACGAACGAGUCUGCGUCGGCGGUCAAUUUAUGGCUGAACGAGAGUGGUCUGCAAGCAACAGCGCUGUCCGCGGCUGGCGACUGGCUUUCGGUACAAUUGCCCGUCAGCACAGCGAACGAGCUUCUCGACGCGAACUUCUCCGUGUUCACCCACUCCUCAACGGGCGAGCAGACCAUUCGCACGCUGGCCUAUUCGAUUCCUACCGCCUUGACUGAUCACCUCGACCUGGUGCAUCCUACCGUAUCGUUCCCGAAUCCCGGCAACAGUGCGCCUCUCACUAGCGUACCGCCAUUGCAGCUCUCGGUAGAUGCUGACACGGGUCCCUGCAAUGUUAGUCUAAUCACUCCGGAAUGUCUACAAUGGCUGUACGAUAUACCUACGACUCCGGCGACCCACGGAGUCCAACUGGCUGUCCCCGGGUAUUCUGCGGAAUGGCCGCAGGAGGCAUAUCUCAAGGCAUUCUUGGAGAAGUACCGUCCGGACAUUGAUUCUAAUACGACCUGGGAGCUCGUCACGCUCGACGGCGGUUACGACCCACAGAAUUCCAGCAGCAUCAGUACCGAAGGGAACCUGGACAUGCAGUGGACGCUCGGCGUCGCGACGAACGUAUCCGUGCGGUUCAUCUCCGUCAGCAACGUGACGGUCCCGACGGAGGACGAAUUCGCGGGGUGGCUGCUCGACACGGCGCACUACAUGCUUGGGCUGGACGACCCGCCGCAGGUGAUGUCGACGAGCUACGGCGUCAACGAGGAGAUGGUGUCCGAGAAACUCGCGCAGAACCUGUGCACGGCGUAUGCGGGCCUUGGUGCACGGGGCGUGUCGGUGCUGUUCGGCUCUGGUGACGGAGGCGUCGCUGGGAUCCACUAUCCCGACGACACCUGCACGACAUUCAUACCGACGUUCCCCGGGGGUGUCCCUAUCGGCGGGACGUACCUCGUCCCAGAGACAGCCGCGGACUUCUCCGGCGGGGGCUUCUCCUCGGUCUUCGCCCGGCCAGCAUACCAAGCGUCCGCCGUCGCGGGCUACCUCGACUACCUCGGCGACGCGAACGCCGGGCUCUACAACGCGAGCGGCCGCGCGUUCCCCGACGUUGCCGCGUACUCCGUCAACUUCGACGUCGUCUACGGCGGCGCGGAGGGCCCGAUCAACGGCACGAGCUGCGCGGGCCCCACGUUCGCGAACGUCAUCUCCCUGCUGAACGACGAGCUCAUCGCUGCGGGCCGCCCUGUGCUCGGCUUCCUCAACCCGUGGCUGUACUCGAUGGCGAAGUCGGCGCUGACGGAUGUGACUGUCGGCAACAACUACGCGUGCUCGAACUUCACGACGGGGUUCAACGCUACUGUGGGCUGGGAUGCGGUGACGGGACUGGGCACACCCAAUUACCCGAAGCUGAAGGCGGUGUUGGGUUUGUAG